AUGCGAAGAGUGCAUAGUAGGUGGACUGAGAGGAUAUCAUCUAACGGACCUGUGCAGUGCCAAAUUUGUUGGCUAGUCGGGCAAUUUCUGCGGCCGGAUCACCGCUGGAUGAGAUUUGUGAGACAUUCCAUGAAUCAUUCAACUUACGACGGGAUGCCGGUUUCAAUCCAUUCGAAUUGCCCUCACGCAUGGCUUUCAUUCGUUCUUGAAGUUCUCUGUUCAUUGUUUCCAUAUGCGGUGGGGGUCUGUGGCCUAAAAUAA